AACCCCACACGCCCCUAGUAUCUCACUCUUUUCUCUGUUCUCCACUUUCGCUCUCUUUUCCCUUGUCUUUCCAUAAUAACGAUCUCAGUCGGUGAAGCCUUCCUAGCCGUAUAUAUGUAUGUAUAUAUUAUACGCCUCAAAUUCCAACACCAGGGCACCUAGAAAUUUCAAACCUUCACUCUCGUCCUUCUGUCUUUCUCCCCAUCAUCGCGCUCUCUUUCUCCUUCCACCUUAGCUUUUCAUUUAGAAGAUCCCAGAAGAAUCCCUCUUCCAUGGAAACUAAGAUUGGAGCUAUAGACGCUUGUAAAGCCGCCAGUAACGACGUGGGUGGCCCACCAAACAGCACCGUAUGCACCAUUCAGAGCUCUGUUGCUCCCUGUGCGAUCAGCUCCUCUGAGGCCACUCUCGGUCGCCACUUGGCUCGCCGACUUGUUCAGGUUGGUGUCACCGACGUCUUCUCCGUUCCCGGCGACUUCAACCUCACCCUUCUUGACCAUUUGGUAGCUGAACCGGGGCUCAACCUCGUCGGCUGCUGUAACGAGCUCAACGCCGGCUAUGCGGCUGACGGCUAUGCUCGCGCCCGUGGCGUCGGUGCGUGCGUCGUCACUUUCACCGUCGGUGGCCUCAGUGUUAUCAACGCCAUUGCUGGUGCCUACAGUGAGAAUUUGCCCCUCAUUUGUAUCGUCGGUGGUCCCAACUCCAAUGACUACGGCACCAACCGGAUCCUCCAUCACACUAUUGGUUUGCCCGAUUUCAGCCAAGAGCUUCGAUGCUUCCAAACUGUCACUUGCUACCAGGCUGUGGUGAACAACUUGGAAGACGCUCAUGAAUUGAUUGAUACGGCGAUCUCAACCUCCCUGAAAGAAAGCAAGCCUGUGUAUAUAAGCAUAAGCUGCAACUUGCCUGGGAUUCCUCACCCCACUUUCAGUCGUGAACCUGUUCCUUUUUCACUAUCUCCAAGACUGAGUAAUCGGAUGGGGUUGGAAGCAGCUGUGGAGGCUGCUGCUGAAUUCCUCAACAAGGCAGUAAAACCAGUUCUAGUGGCUGGGCCCAAAAUGCGAGUGGCAAAGGCAGGCGAAGCCUUUGUUGAACUAGCUGAUGGUUCUGGUUAUGCACUUGCUGUGAUGCCAUCAGCUAAAGGAUUAGUUCCUGAGCACCAUCCCCACUUCAUUGGAACUUACUGGGGUGCAGUGAGUACUGCUUUCUGUGCUGAGAUUGUGGAGUCUGCUGAUGCAUACUUGUUUGCUGGACCUAUCUUCAAUGACUACAGCUCUGUUGGUUAUUCACAUCUUCUCAAGAAAGAUAAGGCGAUCAUUGUGCAGCCAGAACGAGUUGUAAUUGGAAAUGGCCCUGCAUUUGGGUGUGUGUUGAUGAGGGACUUCCUUGGGGCACUAGCUAAGCGACUUAAGCAUAAUGAAACUGCUUAUGAAAACUACCACAGGAUUUAUGUUCCUGAAGGGCAUCCAUUGAAGUCUGCACCUAAGGAACCUUUGAGGGUUAAUGUUCUGUUCGAGCAUAUACAAAAGAUGUUGUCUAGUGAAUCUGCUGUAAUUGCUGAGACGGGUGAUUCAUGGUUUAACUGCCAGAAGCUGAAACUGCCAAGGGGUUGUGGUUAUGAGUUCCAAAUGCAAUAUGGAUCAAUUGGGUGGUCUGUUGGUGCAACCCUUGGUUAUGCACAGGCUGUUCCUGAGAAGCGAGUGAUUGCUUGCAUAGGCGAUGGAAGUUUCCAGGUGACUGCUCAGGAUGUAUCAACAAUGCUGCGAUGUGGGCAGAAGACCAUAAUCUUUCUGAUAAACAAUGGUGGAUACACUAUUGAAGUUGAAAUCCAUGAUGGGCCAUACAAUGUGAUCAAGAACUGGAAUUAUACUGGGCUGAUUGAGGCAAUCCACAACGGGGAAGGCAAAUGCUGGACCGCCAAGGUCUUCUGUGAAGAGGAGCUGAUUGAAGCAAUUGAAACAGCAACAGGACCUAAGAAGGAUUGCCUAUGCUUCAUAGAGGUGAUAGUUCACAAGGAUGAUACCAGCAAAGAGUUGCUUGAAUGGGGCUCCAGGGUCUCUGCUGCUAAUAGUCGCCCUCCUAAUCCUCAGUAAACUUGCCACUUAACAUACUACUUGAAACGAUCCUUCAUUACCUUGUAAUGUUUCUGCUCCGUAUGUUCUUGUUUUGCGGGUUUGCUAAUGCCCUUGAAUGUUGAGUUCCUACGGUCUCCUUGUUCAUUCUCUCAUACGGAAUUUAAUUUUUUGCCAACUCUUUU